CGCCGACCGGCUCAUCGGUUCAGUCGACAAAAGACUGCGUGCCGCGCGCGUGCGUAUAGCGCGCUCGUCAUGCGCGCGUAGACACCAUGCUCGUGCCGCCGGAGAUGAUGGCCGCGCAAUCCAAGCUCGUCUACCAGAUGAACAAGUACUACAACGAGCGCGUCGCGAGCAGGAAGGCUCAGAUCGCCAAAACUAUUCAUGAGGUCUGCAGGAUUGUCCAGGAUGUCCUCAAGGAGGUGGAGCUGCAAGAGCCGCGCUUCAUCUCCUCGCUCACCGAUUAUAAUGGACGCUUCGAUGGGCUGGAAGUGGUUUCGCCGCAUGAGUUCGAGAUAGUAAUAUAUUUGAAUCAGAUGGGAGUGUUAAAUUUCGUGGACGACGGUUCUCUGCCCGGCUGCGCCGUGCUCAAGCUGAGCGACGGCCGCAAGCGCUCCAUGUCGCUCUGGGUCGAAUUCAUCACCGCCUCCGGAUAUCUUUCGGCGAGGAAAAUCCGCUCGCGCUUCCAAACUUUAGUAGCGCAGGCGUGCGACAAAUGCUCUUACCGGGACUGCGUCAAAAUGAUCGCAGAGACGACUGAAGUCAAGCUUCGAAUUCGGGAACGCUAUGUGGUUCAAAUAACUCCAGCCUUCAAAUGCGCUGGCUUGUGGCCGCGCUCCGCUGCCCACUGGCCGCUCCCGGCCAUCCCUUGGCCGCACCCAAACAUCGUCGCCGAAGUAAAAACGGAAGGUUUCGAUCUACUAUCAAAGGAAUGUCUCGCGCUGCAAGGAAAGAACUCAGCUAUGGAAGGCGACGCGUGGGUUCUAAGUUUCUUGGAAGCGGAAAACCGUCUACUCCAAGGCGGUUGCCGACGGAAGUGUCUAAGCACAUUGAAGACCAUUCGCGAUCGGCACUUGGAUCUUCCAGGGAACCCAGUGACUUGCUAUCACAUGAAGACAUUGCUGCUGUACGAAUGCGAGAAGCAUCCUCGCGAACACGAAUGGGAUGAGGCCGCGAUUGGCGACCGUAUAAACGGGAUAUUUCUGCAGCUGAUUUCCUCGCUCCAGUGCCGGCGGUGCCCGCACUAUUUUCUGCCUCACGUCGACCUUUUCAAAGGCAAGUCGCCGACGGCGCUUGAAAACGCUGCGAAGCAAGUGUGGCGCCUGACAAGAGAGAUGCUCACCAACUCUCGAGCUUUUGAUAAGCUCUGAGGCGCAGAGGCCAAUUCGGACGAUCACAUUCGUUAAGUGAGUGUAUUAGUGGUAUACCGCUAGACAUCGAGUCAUUUUUAGUAGAUUUAGAGGACUGUUAAGAGUGUAUCCAAUAGGAGUGUAUACGGACUAGUGCGAGUGCUUCUCGAAUAUUCCAUUUGGAUCAGACUGUAAGUAGAAGUGAUACUAUCUAGACUAGGCCUUUUCAACUAUUAUUUGUGAUAUAAUGUAAAUAGCUUAGUUGUUGUACAAUUUUAUUAAUAUUUAAUUUAAAAGAUACCGUGUAUUUAUUUGACUGAAGAAACUCUAAGUAGGUAAAAAUAUAUAUAAUUUACAAUAAAUAAUUUGGAAAUAUA